UCUUCAGAAUGGAUUCUCAGAUUAAGCACGCCGUGGUGGUGAAAGUGAUGGGUCGUACUGGAUCCAGGGGUCAGGUGACCCAGGUACGAGUGAAGUUCACAGACUCUGAUCGUUACAUUAUGAGGAACGUUAAGGGACCAGUGAGAGAAGGUGACAUCCUCACCUUGCUCGAGUCUGAGAGAGAAGCUAGGAGACUUCGUUGAUUCGCCUUGUUCUUUGUUCCUUCUCCACUAGUAGAAACAAGAAGACAGAACUACGUCUUGCUUUAUCUCUCUUUUUUUCUGUUUUCUGUGUCUGGACUAGUGAUUAUGCCUUCGAAUUGAAUUUUGUUUUUGCUAUAAGACAUUUCAUGGAUUGAUUUAUGUU